UUGGGCUUUUGUCAGGUGGAAAGAUCCCAUGCGACUCACGGUUUUGGCCACCAAUGGAAUGGUUUCACGCGGCCACCGCAGCCAUGUAGCAACGAAGCGGUUCUCGGGUUGUGGAACCGACCGAGGCGUUUACCAGAUGUGGCGCCUCCUGUGCUGGCCGCUGCUGAGUGUCGCUGUGGUGGUCCGACCGCCCUUCAGCCAGGGAUCUUUGCAUGAGCAGAUGCACACCAUGAUGUCUGACAGCGAGGAGGCUCCAUGGAAAGAUAGGCUCAUCAGUGAGACGGACGACGCCGAUGAUCCAUACAUGAAGGAAGCAGCGGAGGGGCUCUCCAAAGCUCUGGGGCCUCGCUGGGACCAAAAAGCGCUGGAGGUAGACGCCAAUCGGAAGACCCGGGCACUCCUGAAGGGCAUCUCUGGGUCUUCGGGCAUGCAAAGCCUGCAGAAGAUGCUGGGAGCAUUGAGAUGAGUUCAGUGAGCUGAGAGAAGUCUAGGGUGAGAAGUCUAGUUAUGUGGCGUACCACUAAGCCGG